AAAGUUUGUUACUGAUCUAUGGAUUCAAACUUAAAUGUUUUGCAAGAUGAAGAAGACUUUGAAACUCUUCACAAUAAGUAUAAAGAACUUGUUACUUUUUCUCCUAAAACAAAAACCUAAAUAAAUUCAAGUAAGAAUUUAAAGACCCCUAAAUUAAUUCCAUUUCAAUUGAUUUCUGAAUCAAACACAAUAAAUCAAGGCAAAAAAUCGACUAUUUAGACUUUCUAAUAGAAACCAAUAUAAGUAGUUCAAUCUUUGAAUAUCCUAUAAAAUGAAGAGUCUUGCAAUAGAAGAAACUUUUCUUUUUAUGAGCUAUCAACAAAAAGUCUAUCACCAAGGAAAAGCAAUUAAGAAACAACAUCAGAAAUAGCAUCAGAUUAUACCUUCAAAUUAUAUGAUGGUAAUAAAAAAGUGCGAUUCAGAAUAAAUGAAAGAAGAGAAUGA